AUGAGGAAGGAGAGCGGGAGGACAGAGGAGCCCGAAGAGAGGGUGAGGGGGACUUCGACAUGCCUACGUAGGAAAGGAGAAGGCGCACAACAAUGCGCCUGUUCCUCCCCUUCCAGAAGCAGACCAGUUUUGGUAGUUCAAAUACUACAAUGCACCCGGGAAAAAAGGGCAGCUUUGAUUUCGUGGAGAGAGACCCACCAGAGGGUCCUGUUGAGAUGGAAGCCUCCCUCGCACCCUGUAUCAAUCCCCCGGCCCGCAGGCCACCGAGGACAGCGAGGAGGAUCCAGGGGAGAGAGCACCCUUUAUAAAGGACGAGGACAAGUCCUCCAGCCCAGAGACGGAAGAGAGGAGCUCCCCAAUGGACAAAAUGCCUCUCCGGUCUCCCCAUUUCCUCAUGGCCUGCCAAGCUGGAAGAAUGGUUCCUCUCUGUCUCCAGGCUCCACUCCUUCCCCCUCAAGUUGGAGAGGUGUCUCCCCGGACACCCCGUCACCAAAGUACACCUCCCCCAUUUUAACCCAACGGAAGGGCUGCGUCGCCUGAGAAAGCCACAGAGGAUUUGUGUCCUUUGCCUCGGUGCCGAACGGAACCGGAGCUAACUCACCUGCUACCCCCACAGGGGGGUCUUUGGUUUCCUCUCCCUGCUGACUAGAUCAUUGCUCUCCUCGCCCAUUUGUCCUUCGGGAGAGCUUCUUCCUUCUUCCGCACCGGUCAGCACAGUGAACAAGUCCUUUUCCAGUAACCUCCCCCUCUCCUUGCAGCAGAGCCUCCAGCACACCCGGCCAAACCUCCAAAUCGACCAAACCAGAGACUAUACCACAUCAAAACCUUUUCCCUGCCACCGCCUCAAGGUUUUGGUAAGGAUCCUUUCAUGUUGUUCCUGUGCCUGUCGAUCUUGCUGGAGCAUCGAGACCACAUUAUAAAACAGCUUCGAUUACAACGAGCUGGCUAUGCACUUUGACCGCCUUGUCCCGCCGACCAAUCUUGGGCAGGGUGCUGCAACGCGCCAAGGCCUUGUUUGCGGACUCACUGCAGAGUGAGGUGUGGGAUUCGGAGGAAGGGGAUGAGGUCAGCUCGGACUCGCCCACCACAGUCCCCUGCUGCUCUCCACUCCCCCCCCCUCCGCCACCAGGCCUCUUUUUAACCCCUUUGUCAUCCCCCCACAACCAUCCUCUCCAAACUCCACCUAUAAACCUGGCUGACACCAUACCUUCCCCUUCUUCACCG